GGGGCUGCUGAGGGGCGUCCGGUUACGUCUCCGCCUUCCUCAGCCUGGUCCGCCGAGCCGCUAGGUUUGCGGGACAGCAGUUCGGGAACAUGUUGGCCGCGAUGCGCCGGAGCGGGGCUGCAUGGACGCGGGCGCUGCUGCUGCAGCUGCUGCUGGCGGGGCCCGGGGGUUGCCUGAGCCGCCAGGAGCUCUUCCCCUUCGGCCCGGGACACGGGGACCUGGAGCUGGAGGCUGGGGACGACCGCGUCUCCCCAGCCCUGGAGCUGAGGCAGGCGCUCCGCUUCUUCGACAAAUCCGACAUCGACUCGGUCUACGUCACCACAAAUGGUAUGAUUGCCAUGAGUGAGCCCCCAGCCAAAGAAUCCCACCCGGGAUACUUCCCCCCGACCUUCGGAGUCGUUGCACCUUUUCUGGCGGACUUGGACACGACAGAUGGCCUUGGGAAGGUUUAUUAUCGCGAAGACUUAUCCCCCUCCAUCACUCAGCUAGCCGGAGAGUGUGUCCGGAGAGGGUUCCCAGAAGUCUCUUUCCAGCCGAGUAGCGCAGUGGUUGUCACUUGGGAAUCCGUGGCCCCCUACCAGGGGCCCAGCAAGGACCCUGACCAGGAAGGCAAGAGAAACACAUUCCAGGCUGUUCUGGCCUCCUCUGAUUCCAGCUCCUUUGCCAUUUUCCUCUAUCCUGAAGACGGUCUGCAGUUCUAUACAACAUUCUCAAAGAAGGACGAGAACCAAGUUCCCGCUGUGGUUGCAUUCAGUCAAGGUGUACAGGGAUUAUUCUGGAAGAGCGAAGGAGCUUAUAAUAUAUUUGCUAACGACAGAGAAUCAAUUGGAAAUUUGGCCAAGAGCAGCAACUCGGGGCAGCAGGGCGUCUGGGUGUUUGAGAUAGGGAGCCCGGCCACGGCCAGUGGUGUGGUGCCCUCCGACGUGAGCCUCGGACUGGACGAUGGAGCAGAGUAUGAUGAUGAAGACUACAAGUCGGUGACACAUCUGGGCCUGGAGGAUGUGAGCACGACACCUUUCUCCUAUGAGGCUCGGAGGAGGGGAGACCCGGGCACACACAGCGUGCCCCGUGUCCUCUCCCCCCGCCGCCUGCCUACUGAGAGACUCCCCGGACUUCCCACGGAGAGGACCAGGUCUUUCCAGCCGCCAGCAGAGACAUUUCCCCAACAGCACGCGCAGGUCAUAGACGUGGACGAAGUUGAGGAGACAGGAGUGGUGUUCAGCUACAACACGGAUUCCCGCCAGACCUGCGCCAACAACAGACACCAGUGCUCCGUGCAUGCUGAAUGCAGGGACUUCGCCACGGGGUUCUGCUGCAGCUGUGUGGCUGGUUAUACGGGGAACGGCCGGCAGUGUGUUGCGGAAGGUUCCCCCCAGCGAGUUAAUGGCAAGGUGAAAGGAACGAUCUUUGUGGGGAACAGCCCCGUCCCCGUCGUCUUUGAGAACACCGACCUCCACUCUUAUGUGGUGAUGAACCACGGACGCUCCUACACAGCCAUCAGCACCAUUCCAGAGACCGUUGGCUAUUCUCUGCUUCCUCUGGCCCCUGUCGGAGGCAUCAUUGGAUGGAUGUUUGCGGUGGAACAGGAUGGGUUCAAGAAUGGGUUCAGCAUCACAGGAGGCGAGUUCACCCGUCAGGCCGAGGUGACCUUCGUGGGGUCCCCGGGCAAGCUGACCAUCAAGCAGCAGUUCAGCGGCAUCGACGAGCACGGACACCUGACCAUCGACACGGAGCUGGAGGGCCGCGUGCCCCAUAUCCCGUUUGGCUCCUCGGUGCACAUCGAGCCCUACACGGAGCUCUACCACUACUCCCGUGGGGUGAUCACCUCCUCCUCCAUGCGGGAGUACACUGUGAUGGAGCCUGAGCAAGAUGGCGCUGCCCCUUCCAACAUCUACACUUACCAGUGGCGCCAGACCAUCACCUUCCAGGAAUGUGCCCACGACACCUCCCAGCCGGCCCUGCCCAGCACCCAGCAGCUUUCAGUGGACAGCGUGUUUGUCCUGUACAACCAGGAGGAGAAGAUCCUGCGCUAUGCUCUAAGCAACUCCAUCGGUCCCGUGAGGGACGGCUCCCCGGAUGCCCUGCAGAAUCCUUGCUACAUCGGCACUCACGGCUGUGAUACCAACGCGGCCUGUCGCCCUGGUCCCGGGGUUCAGUUCACCUGCGAGUGCUCCAUCGGCUUCCGAGGGGAUGGAAGGACCUGCUCUGAUAUCGAUGAAUGUUCAGAACAGCCCUCGGUGUGUGGGAGCCACGCAAUCUGCAGUAAUCACCCUGGAACCUUCCGUUGCGAGUGUGUGGAGGGCUAUCAGUUUUCAGAGGAGGGAAAGUGUGUGGCUAUUGCGGACCAGCGCCCCAUCAACUACUGUACCACCGGUCUCCACGACUGUGACAUACCCCAGCGGGCUCAGUGUAUCUACAUGGGAGGGGCCUCCUACACCUGUUACUGUCUGCCAGGCUUCUCUGGGGAUGGCCGAGCCUGCCAAGACGUGGAUGAAUGCCAGUCAAGCCGAUGUCACCCCGAUGCCUUCUGCCAUAACACUCCAGGCUCCUUCACGUGCCAGUGCAAACCAGGUUAUCACGGAGACGGCUUCCACUGUGUCCCUGGAGAAAUGGAGAAAACCCGAUGCCAACUGGAGAGAGAACACAUCCUCAGGGCAGCGGGGGUGACGGGCUCACAGCGGCCCAGCCUGUUUGUCCCUGAGUGUGACGAGCAUGGGUACUACGUGCCCACCCAGUGCCACGGCAGCACGGGCCAGUGCUGGUGCGUGGAUCGCGACGGCCGUGAGCUGGAGGGCACCAGGACCAGGCCCGGGAUGAGGCCCCCCUGUCUGAGUACAGUGGCUCCGCCGAUUCACCAUGGACCCUCCGUUCCUACCGCUGUGAUCCCCCUGCCACCUGGGACCCACUUACUCUUUGCUCAGACUGGGAAGAUAGAGCGCGUCCCCCUGGAAGGAAGCACCAUGCAGAAGACAGAAGCCAAGACGUUGCUUCACGCCCCGGAUAAAGUCAUCAUUGGACUGGCCUUCGACUGUGUGGAGAAGAUGGUUUACUGGACGGACAUCAGUGAGCCUUCCAUUGGGAGAGCCAGUCUGCAUGGCGGAGAGCCAAAUACCAUCAUUCGACAAGAUCUUGGAAGUCCAGAAGGCAUUGCCCUUGACCAUCUUGGCCGCAACAUUUUCUGGACUGAUUCUCAUUUGGAUCGAAUAGAAGUUGCAAAGCUGGAUGGCACCCAGCGCCGGGUGCUGUUUGAGACUGAUUUGGUGAAUCCCAGAGGCAUCGUAACAGACUCCGUGCGAGGGAACCUUUAUUGGACCGACUGGAACAGAGAUAGCCCCAAAAUUGAAACUUCCUACAUGGACGGCACGAACCGGAGGAUUCUCGUGCAGGAUGACCUGGGCUUGCCCAACGGGCUGACAUUUGAUGCCUACUCAUCUCAGCUCUGCUGGGUGGACGCAGGCACCAGUCGGGUGGAGUGUCUGAAGCCCGGGCAGUCCGGCCGACGCAGGGUUCUCGAAGGGCUCCAGUACCCUUUUGCUGUCACCAGCUAUGGGAAACAUCUGUAUUACACAGACUGGAAGACGAAUUCCGUGGUCGCUGUAGACCUUGCUAUUUCCAAAGAGACGGAUACCUUCCACCCCCACAAGCAGACCCGGCUGUAUGGCGUCACCAUGGCCCUGGCUCAGUGUCCCCAAGGUCACAACUAUUGCUCAGUGAACAAUGGUGGCUGCACCCACCUCUGCUUGGCCACCCCCGGAAGCAGGACCUGCCGUUGCCCUGACAACACUCUGGGAGUUGACUGUAUCGAGCAGAAAUAAAGACAAGAGUGCCUCAUUCCCUCUGCAAGUAUUCAGCAGCACCCUAUUUGAAAGGGUCCAGACUGAAAACUAUCUGAUCUGGUGGCCACCACGCCCAGGUCCUAUCCAGCCUGAGCCCCAACAGUGUUCCCCUCACUGUCCCCCAAAACAUAUGCCCUGGGCUUCCAGAAUGGGAAAAUCUCUUCCCCUACACACAGACAGAAAACCCUCCCAAGGGAGGAUUAUAUGCCCAUCCCAGUGCUCUGGAACCUUUCCCCAACUUAGCAGCCCAGUGGUGAGCAGAGACUCCCCAGGCCUGAGCUGCCCCCUCCCCUGUGGCCUUAUGAGCUCAGCCUCACUCUGACACACCUGCCAUCCUGUUAUCUCCCUGACAUACCAGCCAGGGCCACCCAGGCGAGGCUGUGAAUGAAGGAGGGAGUUAAUCCUCCCCCGCUUUUCUCUUGGUGCUCAGAUUUCCCUCAUCCUCCUAGCUUUCUCCCCCCGAGUCUACCACCUGCAUCCUGCCCAAGGUCCCCAUCACAGUGAGUAAGCCUUGGCCUUCGUUCAAAACCCACCCUGUCUUAGGGCUAUGUGGAUACUUGUGGGCCAUAAGGAGCAGCCCCUCCCAGAUAAGUUACUGGCAUUUCAGCAGGUAGGCAAAGCCUUCAGUCAAAAGAGUGUCCAGUGGCAGGAAUUUCAAGGUGUAGAGUCAGGUGUUUGAGGAUGAGGAUUUUUCAGAAGUGCUUACUUAAUUUACACCAGUGGUUACCAGAUUACUCCUGUUUGCGCAAAGCACCUGGAUCCCAGCAUCUGGUCUCUUGAGUGGCCUGGCCCCACGGCUGGCACCGAUGCCCCGCCUCCCUCACUUCGGGCAUAGCUGGGGGCUGGUACCAGUGAUGACUCCCCUUUGGGCCCUUCCCUCCCUCCCGCACUGGUGAGAGCUGAUCUACAGUCAACAUGAGCUCGCUUCUCCUUUGUUUCUCCCUCUGCUCAUGGCCCUUGCUGGCUGUCUUUUCAUCAAAGAGGGCCAGGUUGAGUAUUUAUACUACUGACCCAGACCCUUGAUUGCUCAUUGGUGUAAUUAAAGUGACCAUUGCCACCUGUCAUGUUUAUGUGUUUAGAAACAUCUCCAGGCCAGACGAGUAGCUAGUGUUACCUUUUAUCGGCUGCUUCCCAGAGUUGCAAAACAAUAGGAAUUUUGGAUUGAAAGCUGAGCGUAUAAGGAGUUGGAGUCAGGAAGGAUUAGGGUAAGGGAGUAGAGAAAGCUCAGUGGAAAGUACCAAAAAGAGACUGAUCAAGAGGAAAGGGUAGAGAAGGGCAUUUGACAGCAGCAAUGAGAGAAACUCUUUAAUAAUCCCAAAGAGAAAAUGGCACCUUUUGCCAAAGAACACUUACGCUUGAAGACAUGGAAGAAUUUGCUUGUUUUUCUCCUUGGGGCAGAGAUCCUUCCCCUUAUCUACAAACCUCAGUGAGUUCAUUCCUCCCUGUCCCACCUGUACCUCCUCCCCACAUUGUCCUCAUCUGCUUCAGCAUCCCAGUGGCACCUGGAUCGGGAAAGAGCCUUUCCCUGGAGUUUGUUUUGAGAGCCAGAUAUAUCCCCCAGAAUCACACGAUUUGGGGAACACAUGGGUCUUUUAUCCAGCCCAGCCCCCUGAAUUAGUUUUGCUUAUUUUUUAUAUUUAUCGUUCCAUAUCAAACCCUCUAUAUCAAAUGUUUGUCAUGAUUUUGUAUAGGUUUUUAUAACUAUUUUAUUCAUUUUACUAGAUUCAUUCUAAAAGUUUUCAAAUGGUCAAUUCUUAAACUGUGGAAUCCACUGAAGGUGCUUAUUAACUGUUCCCCCAGAUUUAUACAAGUAUUGGAUGAUUCCUUGAGUUUACAGCUGUACAAAUAUCAGUGCAGAAAAUUAAACAAUUUUUUGUUAAAAAAAA